AUGCAGAAACGCAUGCGUUUUGAUGAUGUUGCUUGGGAGCAAAGUGAAACCAUCUCAGAUGCCUGGGUGGCAGAGCUAUUCAAAAUCGAUACUCUGAGGGCGAUCGGCGAUUUUAUUGUCAAGCAUCGAAAGGGAGUCCCAAGCGAAUUAUGUCAACCUCGAGCAGGGGCAUUCAAUGUAUCCUUUCGGAUGAAAUUUGAGGAUGGUGGCUCAGCACUGAUCCGCUUCCCAAAACCCGGAGCCACCAUGUUCGCUGAGGAAAAGGUGAGAAAUGAAGUGGCUGUAAUCAGGUAUAUUCAGGAGUAUACUUCGAUCCCAGUACCAUUCAUCCUGCAUUGGGGAACAAAGAACGAGAGUCCUCUUAAUUUAGGCCCUUUUAUCUUGAUGGAAUACAUCGACCACGACACGGAUCUGGGUACAGCAUUGAACACGCCGACGCUCAAUAUUGAAGAUCGUCCGAUCCUCGAUCCGUCUAUCGACAUUGACAAGUUGGAAAUGCUAUACGGACAGCUGGCAGACAUUUUACUUCAGCUGUCACAGUUAUCACUGCCUUGGAUCGGCUCCCUUGCCCAGAUUGACGACUUCACAUGGGACGUCAGACGCCGACCUUUAUCAAUCGGUAUGAAUGAACUUGUACGUCUAGGAACUCUGCCACGAUCGACAUUGCCAACCAGCACAUUUAAGACGACAUCCUCUUAUUUUAAUGCCCUCGCCGAAUUACACCGUGCACAUUUGUCUCAUCAACGAAAUGACGCAGUAAACUCCGCAAACGAUUGCCGGCGUAAGCUUGUCGCCAGACAGCUUUUCUCUAAGCUUGCCAGAGAGGGCCGACUUACCCAGUCUACAAAUGACCACGGACCCUUUAAGAUAUGGUGUGACGAUCUUCGGCCCUCAAAUGUACUGGUCAACAAAAACCUGCAGAUUGUUGGUGUCAUUGACUGGGAGUUUACAUACGCAGCACCGGUUGAGUUUUCUCAUGCACCUCCAUGGUGGUUGCUUCUUGAACAGCCCGAGUAUUGGCCAGAUGGAAUAGAGGCUUGGGUAGAGGCAUUUGAAAGUCGUCUACAGACAUUCCUGAAAGUUCUUACCGAACGCGAAGAAACAGCUAUUCAACGGGGCAGGUUAAGACAGGAACAGAGGCUUUCUGGUCCCAUGAGACAGAGCUGGGUAAAUGGUGAUUUUUGGGUCACAUACGCAGCGAGAAAGAAUUUCGCUUUUGACACAAUCUUCUGGAAGAACCUUGACCAUCGGUUUUUUGGUUCUUGCACAGUUGCCGAGGAAAAUCGAUGGGCGAAGAGGAUUGGAUUGCUGAGUGAAGAAGAGAGUCAGUGUAUGGAACAGGUUGUGAGCCUAAAGCUCGGUCAAAUGGAAAAGAGGGCUCUAGCAUGGGAACCAGAGGAAGUGUAUACUGUCGAAACCCACCAUUUCGUCACCUAA